UGCCAAUGUGUUCGUAAAUAACGUCAGUUCUGUUGAAUGUCCUGACGAAGGCACAAUAACAUUGCUGUGAAGAUGAGCAGAUGCAUCUUUUACUUGGUGUGCAUACCUUUGGUCUUAUGUAUAUUCCACUCUGUUGUAUAUUCGUCGUGUCCAGCUUCACAAGUAGCCGGAAGCAGUGUACAGCUGAUUUUUACAACACCCAUGAAAAUAGUCACAAACGACACGCUUCAGGAUUGUGAUAAAAGUGUGGAUUACAUUUCUAUGGCGAGGCUCGGGAUUGAAGAGGUGUCUGAAAAUGCUUUUAGUGAUUUCUAUAACUUAGAAAUCUUAACACUUGCUGACAAUAACAUUUCCGUUUUACCUCCACAUUUACUCGACUACAAAAGGGGACUGACGUACUUUAUGAUUGAAAAUAACCACAUUGAACGCAUUGAGGAUGAAACUUUCAAAGACUUGGAAAACGUUCGCUUCAUAAAUCUACAGUGUAACAACAUUAGCUAUAUUGGACCAAAUGCUUUUCCAGGGAAUCUUCAAGUUCUAGAAUCAGUUAAUUUAUCUUAUAAUUCAUUAACAUAUUUCGAACCCUGGCCAUUUAUACCGGAAACAAAUCCAGAUGACGGCUUAGAUGUACUGUUUGACUUUAGACAUAACUUCAUCUCCGAGUUCCGAAAUUCAAUAAACUGGACUUAUGAUUUAAUUCAGCCAUUCGAGUAUGAAAUCAUUCUUAGUCAUAAUGAAAUUACAAGCCUGAAUGACUCGUUGGUCUAUUUGUACAAUCCGAAUUAUCAAGGAAGCGAAUUUCCAGAGUUUCUAACAUACAAAAUGAACUUGUCGGAGAAUCCAUUUGUCUGUGAUUGCAAAGUUUAUCCGUUUGCCAACUACUUGCACGACUCCGUGUUUUAUUUCUUCAAAAUGGACGAGUUUCGUUAUCGAUGUCUUAAGCCUGAUUCCUUAAAUGGAACAGACUUUCUUCAUGAUGUUGCGCUGAAAGACUUUGUUUGUAACAUCGAAGAGGACUGUCCUCCGGGUUGCAUGUGUGAAGAACAGCCCAGUAACGGUUACUUACUCGUCAACUGCAGCUUCACGAAUGAUCGUAUGAGUGAACUUCCGGUCACACUUCCCACAACCGAGAGUGGAAAAAUUUCUCUGCAUUUGGAUGGACACUAUAUCCGGUCAUUAGAACAAAGGAGUUAUAUUGGACAGCUUGUGAAUUUGACAAUUAGCUAUAAUAAGCUUGCUUUCAUCGACUCAAGUGUUUUAAAGUCCAUGUCCAACAUAAACCAUUUAGAUAUAUCUCAUAAUCACCUUAAGUACGUAUCGAAGGAUAUCCAGUAUAUAACAAUGGACAAAAUUCGGAUCAGUUCCAACAGAUUCGAGUGUGACUGCAACAUGACGUGGAUGGCCGAUUGGAUUAAUCUUUCCCCAAAUGCUCAUGAUUAUGAAGUCCAGUGUGUUCAUGAUGACAGCCGGCACCGCAUACGUGAAAUCACUCGAGAAAAACUUUUAUGCAAUUACGAAUAUAUCAUUAUUAUAGUUGUCGUAGUUUUGGGUGUUCUCAUCGCGAUAAUUAUCGGAGCAGUCAUCACGGCCAGGCGGUGUCCAUACGAAACGAAGGUUCUAUUGUAUCGACUUUUUGGUGUACACCCGGCCGAUAAAUACCGUGUUGACGUGGACGAACCUCGCGAGUACGAUAUAUAUAUAUCGCAUUAUGAGCACGAUAUACAGGCAAGACAAUGGGUCAGGUCGAAGUUUCUCCGAAAACUAGAAGAAACGCAAAAACGAAGAUACAAAAUAUUCUACUCUGAGAGAGAUCUUAAUUUUGGUGGCGACAUGUUUGAUGAUCUAGUCACAAACAUGAAGAAAAGCAGACGAAUAAUAUUCAUACUCACUCGUGAAUUUUUCGAAGACGAUAAGAACAUUUUUGAGACUGAUCAAGCAGAGAUGGAACAUCGAUCUAGUGACAAUCUGCACGGGCGUGUGAUAUACAUCUUAUGGAAUGAAAGCAUCCGAGAAAAAUUAAAUUCGGAUCCCUGGAAGACUCGAGUCGAGGGUAAACGCGUACUCUGCCCAGACGACAAGUUAUUUUGGUCUAAGAUGAGAUAUGAACUUCCAUUAAAACCCGUGCCUUGAGUGACAGAUGUAUCUGAACUGUCACAGAGGUGUUAAUAGAAAACUCAAAUGUCUUACAAGCCCUCAGUAAGCACCGUGGUUUCAGCUCCAGAAAGUAAUUCUGUGCUGAUAAGUGAAGGGAGAAGAAGGCAAGAAUUUGUGGAAAAUCCCAUGCAAUCAGAUGUAUUGUGAGGAACAGAUGAGAUCUUAUAAUUAUAUGGAAAAUUGUGAUAGCACCGAGCAUAUAAAUUGAUAAAUUUUGCCAACUCAAAAGCGCUUGCCCAAGAGCUACUGCUUGCAUCUUUAAUAUUGUUUCAUAUGCGAGGUGAAGUCCGUAAGCUGUAAUAGACUCUUACGUGAUUAGAAAUAUCGUGAAAUUAAUUAAAAUCCUCCUUUCGUUUUCAAUAAACUACAUUGAAAUAGCAAAAAUGAGAGUAAAGUGGUGGACACGCUUUGGCGGAUCUAAUCCAGUUUUGUUAAUGACAACUUAAGAUAAUGCGAUAUGAAAUAAUUACGUUGUUUAUCGAUGCUUGAUUUUAAUCUUACAAAAGAGAUAAAUGUUGAUAACUGUUGAAUAAAUAUGAUAUGCU